AUGAGCAUGAUAAGGUGUAACUACCGCUCAUUUACGAGCACGGUGUUCUUCGAAUUCUUCAUCAUGGACGAUGACUACGAAUACGACGAUUACGAUUCCGAAGAAUACCUCGACUUCAAGAAGACGCUCAAAGAAGACGACUACGAAGAAGACACGCUCAAGUCACUCACCGAUCGACUUCACAAAAUCAAGCAAAACCACGGAAAAACGAUGCAAUACCAGGCCUACAUCAGAGCGCACGAGGCAAAAGACAGAAAUAUUAUUGAACACAACUACGAGCGCGUCAAUUUCUGGUCUGCAGUUCAUCUUCUUGCUAUGAUCUGUACUGCCGUUUUCCAGGUCUACUUCCUGAGAUCUCUGUUUGCCAAUACUGCAACAAAAGGCCAGCGUGCAUAA